AAAAUAAAUGUCGAAACUGCGGGAUAAACCGUACGGCUAAACCGGAAUCAAAACAUUUCGUAGUCCAGUUAAUGUUGAUGAAAUAAAAACAACACGUGUGGUGGAACAAACUGUUAAGCUACUUCAUCAACCAUUACGUCAUAUAGUCUUAACUUCUUUUAUUAGUAUAAGAACGUGUACUGAACUUACUUGCCAGCUUAACUAGCUUUGUCACAAAAUAAUUUUAGAUCAGAUCUAUUAUGGCGUUAGAUCAGACAACGAAGCAGCAUCUGGAAAAAGAAUUGUUACCCUAUUUGAACCCAAAAGCACGAGCCGAUGUCAAGUCCAUCGCAAUAAGGUAUUUUUUAGAAAUGACCGGCUCAAAAGAAGGAAGAAAUUUCAUUGGCGAAGGAAAUGUGUUUUUACCUGCUAUUAUAUCUUUAACAACAGACUCACAACAGGAUGCUGCAAAGGAUGCUUUUUUAACAUUAAUAAAUCUAACAGCGGAGGAUAAAAUUUCUUGGAAAUUAAUGAACACCAACAGUACAUCCAGCUUUAUCCUUGAUACAUUGCAUAAUAUUUUAAAACCAGAUUUCAUUUAUGCAGACGAGGCUUCCAGCAUUAUUUCAAAUGUAACAAGAAUGCCUGCAUGUGCUAAACGCCUAGCAGAGCAAAUUUUGGCAGAAAAUUCUCAAGUAACUAUGGAAAAGAUAGUUCAUGUUUUAUGUCAAGUAAAUUUCAAUAAAAACGCUAAUUUACAUUACUUGGGACUUAUAUUGUCAAAUCUUACUCAAGUUUCAGAAAUAAGAAAAAUAAUUAUGGAUAAAAAUAGGUGUAUUAUACAGAAACUUUUACCAUUUAUUGACUUUGCUGGAUCAAAAACUCGUAGAGGAGGAAUAAUUGGAACUUUAAAGAACUGUUGUUUUGAAUAUGAUCAUCACCAGUGGUUGCUUAGUGAUGAUGUAGACAUCUUAUCAAGGCUGCUACUCCCUUUAUCUGGGGGAGAAGAAUUUGAUGAAGAUGAUAUGGAUAAAUUACCAGUUGAUCUUCAGUACCUUCCCCCAGAUAAAAAAAGAGAAGAAGAUCCUGACCUGAGAACUAUGCUGCUGGAGGCAAUCUUUCAAUUGUGUGCCACAAAGCAAGCAAGGUUAUAUAUAAAGGAAAAAAAUGCUUAUGUUAUUUUGAGAGAACUUCACAAAUGGGAGAGGGACCCCAAAGCAAAACUGGCUUGUCAGAAAUUAUGUGAGCUACUGAUAUCAGAUGAGCCAGAUGAGGGCAUGGAAGAGCUUCAUGCAGUAGAUGUCCCAGAAGAUCUUCAGCAGAAGUUUGAGCAACUGGACAAGGAGCUAUUGGAUGACUUUUCAGCUGAGGAAAGGGAAACUUCAUCUCAUGCUGGGGAGAAUCCACCCAUACAAGACACUAAUGAUAAACACUGAAUUGUACUUUUGUUGAUAGUUUCAAAGAUUGAAUAUAUGCCAAAACAUUU